AUGGUUGCUAGGCAACAGAGCUGUCGGUUCACGGACGCGCUUCAGCUUGCUGUAAUGGACCAGAUCUGGGCUCCGGUGCCGUUCGGCCGCCUGGCCCUCCCGCUGCUGAUUCAGCAGCUGCAGCACAGAGACGCCUCGUGCAGGCUGCGGGCUCUGACGUCACUCUGCGACCUGGUCCAUGAACCGGAGUGGCUCUACGGAUUGGUGAACGGAGGUUUCUUCAAGGACCUGCAUGUUGUGCUGAAGGACGAGGAUCCAUCAGUGAGAGCAAAGACCUGCGAGCUGAUUCAUCUGGUGACGAACCACAGCAUCGGCAGGCUGGCUCUCCUCUCCUCCUCUCUGCUCCCUUCUCUCUCUGACCUCCUGGACGACCCCUCGUCCUCCUGCAGGAGGAACGUCCACCUGGUUCUGAACGGCCUCGCUCAGCUGCCUGCAGGAGCUGAUGCUUUCCUGAAGCUGGUUCCUAAGCUGAUGCUGAAGCUCAGAGAGAUGCAGCAGCAGGAGGAGGAGGAGGAGGAGGUGCUGCUCCUCUCCACCCUCACCUCCUGCUCCAGGCUGGACCCUCGGCCUACUCUGGUAUCAGGCGGCAUUCCUCUGAUGGGUCAAAGACUGUCCCACUGCUCCCGGGACGUCCGCAGGGAGGCAGCGGCGGUUCUGAUAGCGCUUAGUGUUCCUGAGGACGGGAAGCGGCAGGUCUGUGAAGAGCAGCUCCUUCCUGUUCUGAUGGAUCUGCUGCAGGACGGAGACGUGGAGGUCCAGACCAACGCCGCAGGGGUCAUCAUGAACACCGUCAUCAUCACCACAGGUAAACGUCUGAGUCUGGAGCUGAAUGCCGUCCCCAUCCUCCUGAACCUGCUGGCCGAGGAGGAGGAGGAGGAGCAGAGGAAGAGGAGGAAGGCUCUGAUCCUCUACUGUCUGAGAGCACUGACUGCUCUGGCUGAAGCUCCAGAAGGUCGCCGCCUCCUGCAAGACCAGCUCCCCCUGCUGGAAAGGAGGAGCGUAGACCAGGACCAGGAUAUCAGGCGGGCGGCUCAGACCGCCAUCAGGGUCUUCACCUGGAACCCUUGACAGACCCGGUUUUCUGACCCUAGACCAGAACCAGGAAGGAGGGAGGGAAAAAAAUGGCUUCAUUUUUACAAAAUACAAAUUGUUUGGAUUAAAUAUAAAGAACAGAAAGGCCAGAUUCCAAUAAAUCAGUUUCCAAAUCUAAGUUUUGAUUAUUAAGACAAAGGUUUUCUCAGCUUCAUGGUAGAACAUCACAACUAAAUGUUUGCUUUUUACAGUUGAGAAAUAAACAGAGUGGAAUUGAACCGGUGCAGCUCUCUUUCUCCAGCUCUCUGCUGAAAUAGUUCUGGUUUCUGCCAGAGGCGUCAGGCUGAGCCUAACAAAGCAGAUUCAUCAUGUGUGUCUGACCUUAAUGGGAGUGAAGAGC